AUGCCGCCUAAAUCCAGCAGAAAGGCCUCGGGAACUCAUGUGGAAGAGGAUGAACCUGCUUUGCAGGCCAUUGUGCUAACUGACUCUUUCCAGACCAGGUUCAUGCCUCUGACCUCGGUGAGGCCAAGGUGUCUACUACCGUUGGCGAAUGUGCCUCUGAUUGAAUACACUCUUGAGUUUUUGGCCCAGGCUAAUGUCAGCGAGGUUUAUUUAAUGUGCUCUGCUCACGGUGACCAAAUCCAAAGCUACAUCGACGAGUCCAAGUGGGUUUCAUCAUCUUCACCAUUCAAGAAGAUUCAAACUGUCAUGUCUCUGGAGUCAAAAUCAGUGGGUGAUGCAAUGAGAGACGUUGAUUCACGUGGUCUUAUAACAAACGAUUUUGUGCUGGUAUCUGGUGACGUAAUCACCAAUUUGGAGCUAGACAAAGUUGUUGCUGCACAUAGAGCUAGGAGAAUAGCUGACAAAGACCACAUUGUUACUAUGGUUCUGACCGAGGCCUCUCCUUUGCACAGAACAAGAAGUCAUGUGGAACCUUCGUGCUUCAUACUGGACAAGACUAGCAGCAGAUGCCUUUACUUUCAGGACAUUCCGGCUGUUUCUGGGGCCAAGUCUGCCGUGAGCAUAGACCCUGAGAUCUUGGAGGAUGUGGGAGAAUUUGAGAUCAGAAACGACCUGAUCGAUUGUCACGUCGAUAUCUGUUCGCCAGCUGUUCCUGCGAUUUUCCAGGAGAAUUUUGAUUACCAAUCUCUCAGAUCAGACUUCAUUAAGGGUGUGUUAAGUUCUGAUCUGUUAAAGAAGAACAUCUAUGCCCAUGUAACUAAGGACGAUUACGCCGCAAGAGUCGAAUCGUGGCAGACUUACGAUGCCGUGAGCCAGGAUGUUUUGGAGAGAUGGUGCUAUCCAAUCGCCCCAGAUCGGAAUUUGUUGGAUGACCAGACCUACACCCACGAGUCGAAGCACAUAUACAAGGAGGAAGGAGUCAUACUGUCACAGUCCUGUAAGAUCGUCUCAUGUGUGGCCAUUGGCUCUGAAACUUUCAUUGGAGAUGGAACGAAGGUGACAAGUUCUGUAAUUGGAAGGAAUUGUACGAUUGGGAAGAACGUGAUUAUAGAACACUCGUACAUCUGGGAUGGUGCUGUGGUUGGCGAUGGAUGUGUUAUCAGACAUGCUAUCAUUGCAGCGAACACUGAAGUAAGGCCUAAUGUGAUGGUGGACUCUGGAUCCGUGAUUGGAUUCGAGGUGGUGGUUGACGAGAACGUGAUUGUUCCUAAUAAUACAAAGAUCGUCAAGGUUCCUGUGCAAAAACUCACAGACUCGAUGAUCACAUCGCUAGAUUCAGAAGAUGAAAGCUCUGAAAACGAUGAGUCAGAUAUAAGUGAAGAUGAGUCUCACAAGGAAAGGCCAACCAGUGCUACCCACGACCCUUCAGUUGUUGGCCAAAACGGUGUUGGUUUCCUCUACGAAUCUGACACCGAAGACGAAGAUGAUUCCGCCAAUGGUGCAGUGUACAACGGUAUUGUGUAUCAAAUGAAGGGAUUGAACAUGUCGGAUGUGUCGAUCGCAUCCACAGUUGUGGCUGGUCAGCUGAACAUGAGACGCAAGAAGAGAACACAAUCGAUAAACUCGGCCUACACCAUGACCGAUGAGGAAUACGACGAUGAAGAGGAAUUUGGAAAAGAAGCCAUUGCCACAGUGGAAAGAGCGAUGGAGAACAACCAUGAUAUCGAUACCGCUUUACUGGAGCUAAACACACUGAGAAUGAGCAUGAAUGUGACUUAUCAUGAGGUCAGACUGGCUACAUGUUCAGCAAUGACCAAAAGGGUCGAGCAUUUCAUCGAGACCCAGACUUUGGGUGUGAAGGAAGCUACAUUGAAGGUUUUCAAUCAAUGGGGUUCUCUAUUCAAGAGACAAGUUUUUGAACUUGAAGACCAGGUUGAUUUACUCCAGAUUUUGCAAAAGGCUUGCGAAGACUUCAAGAGUGCAGAUACAGGUGCUAGUGUGUUAAUGCUUUCUUUGAACGUUCUCUAUGAAGAGGAUAUUGUUGAAGAGGAACAGAUUUACCAAUGGUGGGAUGGUGCUAAGGCCAAGGGUCUAGGAGAGUUUGGGUCUAAGGCCGGAAAGUGGGUCGAAUGGCUGAGGGAAGCUGAGAGCGAGAGCGAAAGCGACGAAGAUUAA